AUGGCUCUGCCUUCUCAAGAGGAGAAGAAAGGAACUUACCUGGAAUACUCGACAUUGGAGUGGGCGAUCGAAAAUCGCCUGACCAACGGGCAGCCUGAAGGAGAGACAAGCCGAGUCUGGAACGCGAUUCUCAGUAAGAUUUUCCGGAUAGAGGAUGGCUACAUGACCGGGCCCGAGAUGCUUCACGAAGGUGGUCGGGCAGAUCUUUUCACAGCGCAUAUUGUAUUCAACCCAAUGCACGAGGAGAAGAAGUUCCUCGUUGUUGAAUGCAAGGCCCCCGGCCGGGAAACAGACGAUGAUCUUUGGGCAGAGGCCGCUGAUCAGCUUGCAAGGCACCUCAAGAGCUUCAAGCCCCGCAACAGGCUGUACGGAGCUAUCGCCAACGGGAAAGCGCUACAUACCCGGAUUCAGAAAUCCGAUCAGUCUCACUUGAAGAACCCAAGUUUAACAUGUCACGAUCUCAAGCCUCGAGUGGGUUUGAGUCCCGUUUCCCCCAGGCGAGGAAAGCUAAAGGCCCUUGGUGACAUCCUCCAACACGACAUCUACCUGAGGCCCCCGACAUGA